ACUCAAGCGUGGCGCUACGCUGUGAAUAACAACAUUAUUAUUUGCGAGUAUGAAUACGCUUGGCUGUUGGUGGUGUGUGUGUGUGUGUGUGUAGUAAAGCGAUCAGCUAGUCCGUAAUCCAGUUCGGAGUUUGGGUACCCAUGCCCGCCACAGUUGCGCCCGUGUCGUGCUACUUACAAGACGUCUUUUACACAGCGUUCUCUCAGUUUUUCAACCAAACAAAUCAAAAUAAUUUACAAUACAACCAAAAUGGUUUCCGCAGUAAAAUCAUUGUUGGCUAUUGCCGUUAUCGCCAGUGUUGCAUGCUCCGCCUUUGCCGUGCAAUGCUACAUUUGCGACUCGGUCACCAAUCCGAAGUGCGGUCAGAAAUUCGAGGCGAGCGAUGACAUGAAAUACGAUUGCGCACGCGUAUCGCCGCCACGCUUCCUGCAGAACUUCUUCAACGUACACAAUGCCACCGGCUGCAUGCGGAAGGUGCUCGAUGUUCCCGGACAUCCACAGGUGAUCCGUGGCUGCUUCUACGGCGAUGUAUCGAAUACCCAAUCCGGCUGCCAAGCCGAUCCCUCAUUGCCAUUCGUGAAGCAACUGUCGUGCGAUGUUUGCAGUGGCAACCUCUGCAAUGGCUCCAGCGCCACAGUCCCGGUAGCCGCCGCCAUUGUACUCUUCUUCGCAUUGGCACGUAUGCUGUCCUAAGUUGUUGGGCCGCCACUGUACUAGUUGCUGUUUGACAAAUUACCAUACAAAAUUUAGCAUAAGACAUUUUCUUCUCUUACAAACGGCGAUCAAAAUCUCAAUACUGUAUUCUUAGUUUGUAGUUUUGUUUUAUUCGAUCUUUUUACCAAUGUAUGGCGCUUAAGUGCGCCCGGAAUUAUGCUACUAUAUAAAAAUACACUCGACAAGUAUGUAUAAUAUACUGUAAGUGCUAUUGUAUGUUUUUUAUUUUGUUAAAUAAAGUGUAUGUAUAUAA